AUGCAAAAUGCGCUGGACUAUGUUCAGCAGUGGUGCACCUCUCAUGGACUCAGGGUAAGCCCAAGCAAGACGGAGCUGGUGCUCUUUACUAGCAGGAGGAGGUGUGUCGUAAGACCGCCCUCCAUUUAUGAUACAGUUCUGGGCUUUUCGAACGAGGUAAAAUACCUGGGGGUAUGGCUCGAUAGAAGGCCCAGCUGGAAGAAGCACAUCACCAUGCAGACGAACAAAUUCAUCAUGACUUACUGGGCAUGCAGGAGGAUGUUUGGCAACACGUGGGGGCUUAGGCCCAGAAUCCUGAAAUGGAUCUACACGGCCAUAAUGCUCCCACAGCUUGCGUACGCUGCUGUUGUUUGGUGGACGGCAAUGAGCAAAGCCUGCCACAGGAAAACGGUAGACAGGACGGGCAGGCUUGCGAUGCUGGGAAUUACGAGGGCACUCAGAACGACCCCCACCUCAGCACUGGAGGCUCUGCUCUUUCUCCAGCCGCCUCACCUUCACAUUAAGGAGGUGGCGCUGAUCUCGGCUGCGAGAUUACGACUGCAAGAUCGAUGGAAGGAGGCCAGUAGUGGUCAUGCGGCAAUGCUCACGGCGGACAGCGACCUUCGGGGACUGCUGUCCUGGGGAGGAGAUGCCUGCGGACCGCGAUGGCACUUCCAAAAGAGUUUUAAGGUCAACCUUGGAUAUGGGGCAACCCAACUAGGGAGUGACAGAAAGUGGACGCCACCGAAGGGGCUGGUCUGGUACACGGAUGGCUCCAGAAUUGGUAAUAGAGCGAGGGCAGGGAUCUGGUCUGAGGGGCCUUCAAUUCCAAGGGUCCUUGGAUUGGACCCGCAUACGACCGUGCUCCAAGCAGAGCUUGCAGCCCUGAAAGCCUGUGCCAGGGAAAUUCUGGGCAGGGGGGGCAGGGGCAAGAAGAUAUACAUCUGCUCAGACAGCAGGCGUGCGUUGAGGCCACUGCUCAAGAAUGAGAGUUGCUCUCGAUUAGUCAACGACUGCACUGAGCUGAUGGAAAGGGUGGCUUCCCAUAAUCAGCUGGAAGUGGUCUGGAUUCCGGGCCACGCUGGCAUCCUCGGCAACAUGAAAGCCGACGAGCUGGCCAAAAGAGGUUGUCUAGAGGUUGCGCCAACAGAGGAGAACCCAGUGGGAGUGCACAUAGACUUCGUUAAGGAUAUGAUCUGGAAACGAGCGGAGAGGGGGGUUGUGGAAAGGUGA